AUGGAAUACAAAUGGUUCGUAGACGAUGUAUUAGAGUUUACUGGUGAUCCAUACACUUUUAGUCUUACCGAGAGCCUACGCAAUAAAAGUAUAAGCUGUGCAGUUCAAGACUCUGACGAAUUUGGAAUCCAAUCAGAUGCAAGUGAACCCUUGAUUCUCUUGCCAAAAGCUACAGCUACUCUGGGAUAUAUGAAUCCUCUGUCACAUAUUUAUAAAGCCCUGAAAGGUUCUAGUGUAACCCUGACAUGCAGUGAAUCAAGAACGAGAACACCACCAAUAUCAAGGUACAGAUGGACAAGAAAUAACGAACCUCUUUCGGAAAAGGGCAGAUCAUUCGUUAUUGCCAGAGUGGAAACCAACCAUGCAGGGGAGUAUGAAUGCCAAGCCGAAAAUUCCGAAGGACGUAGCAAUACUAUAACAAAGACAUUGCAAGUUUUAGUUGAUCCUGUACUAACUACAGAUGAACGCAUAGAAACCAGUGAUGGGCAUGUGGAAUUAAAAUGUAGUUCAUCACUUAACGAUCAAGACAUUGUUUGGUUUAAAAGUGGUUCAAUGGAUAUUUUGCACGUGGGUUCGACAUUCAACGCACACGUCACUAAAUCAACUAAUUUUACUUGUCAGGUUUCCGCCAUUUUGACUCCAACUAUUGGUUCACCGGUGGUAAAGGGAGCUAACUCAACCAUCUCUGUUAUAUACAAGUAUUCUCCAAUUCGUAAAACCCAUCCUCUUCAACGAGAGAUCACAUAUAACAGGUACGUAGGGCAUCAAUUUGCGGAAGCAAUAGAAUACGAUGCUUACCCGGAGAUCGCCGAUGCUUACUUACAGACCCCAACUGGACUACAGACCAAACUCAGUGUUAAAUUGAUCGGCAACACCGUGCAGAUAUCCACUGGACAUCUGACCAAAGAAGAUUGUACAUCUUUCCAGAUGGAGGUGCAAAAUACAGAAGGAGAAGACCAUAUCGAUAUCAAUAUUCGUUGUUACCCUCAUGCUCCUAGUGAUGUAACCGCCAUUUUGUCCGUGGGCCAAGUGACUCUCAAAUGGACUCCCGGGUUUGAUGGUGGACAUAAUCAGGUAUUCAGAGUCCAUCAAUCAGUGGAUGGUAAAAGCUGGAAACAGUAUUAUAGUUCGCAUGAUAAGAAUGAGGUUACCGGACAGAUUAAGACCGUGGUGAUGGGUUUAUCAUCAGAGAAGAUCCAGUUGUUUAAAGUCAUUGCUGAUAACGGUUUAAGCUCUGACGACAGCAAUAUUGCCUUCACUUUUCCGAAAAAAGAAAAGGAGUCAGAUUCCGGCCCUGUGAUUGGUGGAGCUAUAUCUGGUGUGGUAAUAUUUAUAGUUAUUGCUAUAGGGAUAUUCAUAUAUUGUAGAUUUCAUUUUUUGCCAGCUCGGCAGACGAAAAAUGGUCCAACAGUCAAGGAGAGUGAUUAUGCGCGGCCGGUAGCCAGACCAGCUGUUGCUGCUGAUGAUCUGAAAGACUAUGACACCAUUCAGAAAUGCCAGUAUGAAAAUAUAAACUACAAUACCAGAACAGAUCAUAUUGGUGGUAAUCUUUCUAGCAACCAUUAUGAGAACCUUAGACAGCCGCGGAAACUGACAAUGAAGCCACAGGUCAUGCCCAAGCCAGUUAAACCCAAACCUCCAUCAAAGCCAAAUCAGCCCUCGUCGUCUUAA